CGUGAAGCUGUGCUCUGCUUCCGGUUGUUGGUAAGAAAAAAAAUCGAGACAUAAAUAUCAUUGAGUGUGAUUUGAAUUCAACGCCCCCUGUCGGUGGAUGAACGAAACAGUUCGUUGUUUUGGUCACGCGGGCGGUUCCGGAGAAGGCUCGCGCUCGGAGCCGCGAUGGCGUCGCCGCUGGAGAUGACGGAGAUGUACGACAACGCUCUGCUGGGGAUCCUGCAGCACGUCGGGAACAUCCAGGACUUCCUGAGGGUCUACUUUGGCUUUUUGUACAGAAAGACGGACUUUUAUCGACUGCUGUCCGGCCCCAACGACAGGAUGGGGUUCCCUCCUGGGGUCGCAGAGAAGAUGGUGCUGAAGACGUUUCAGCUGUUCGAGCAGAUGGCGGAUCAGGACCGGCAGAGGGCGCUCUGCCAGCUGCAGAACACAGAGGAGAGCCACAGUGUUCCUCCUGCAGUCCAGGAGCUGCAGGUCUCCUCUGAGCCACCAAAGACGGAUGAGAAAGGUGACAGGGAGGCGCCACGGCAGGAGAGCACCGCCGCCGCCGCAGCAGACACUGCUGCAGCUCCUGCAGCAGUGUCUGCAGCUGAUGAGCCUCAGGCCUCCAGCAGCACAGGAGCUCCAUCGUCUCAAGGAGAUCAAGCGGCUGCAGCGGACGGGAACCAGGACAAGUUUCAGUCCAACCCGGACACCUACAACGGCGCUCAGAGGGAGAACUACAGCUGGUCUCAGGACUACACGGACGUGGAGGUCAAGGUCUUCGUGCCAAAGACGGUGGUGAGAGGCCGACAGGUCAGCGUCAGUCUGCAGCCCGGCGGUGUCAAAGUGACCAUGAAGGACGGCGCCGAGGAGAGAACUCUGAUGGAGGGAGAAUUCACACACAAGAUCAACACAGAAAACUCUCUAUGGAGCCUGGAGCCCGGGAAGUGUGUCGUGCUGUCGCUCAGCAAGACCUCGGAGACCUGGUGGAACGCGGUGCUGAAGGGGGAGGCGGAGAUCGACAUCAACCAGAUCAACCGCGAGCGCUCCAUGGCGACGGUGGACGAGGAGGAGCACGCCGUCCUGGACAGACUGACGUUUGACUACCACCAGAAGCUGCAGGGCAAACCGCAGAGCCACGAAAUGAAAGUUCACGAGAUGCUGAAGAAGGGCUGGGAUGCAGAGGGGUCGCCUUUCAGAGGGCAGCAGUUCGACCCGUCCAUGUUUGACAUCCCGCCCAGCGCCGUGCAGUUCUGAGACCCGGACCGGCUCCAUCCAGGAGAAACGGAAGCUCUGGUCCCGCAGGAGAGCCGACGGCCGGCUGUAAGGAGGAGGUGCAGCUUCAGCGCCUGUGGAUGGAGGCGGAGCAGGACUCCAUCCAAACGCUGACUCAGCAGUUCUUCAUUGUUUGCUUGAUAUUUAAAGGUUUUCAGUGCCUGUGUGUUUGUUACGGUUACGGACAAGUUCUCACCGAACUCCAAGAAGACUCCUCCCGGUUCUGGUUCUGCUUCUCUAAAGCCACUGAUGAAACUCAGCGUGUUAAACGAAUCGGAGGGAUGACCCCCGACCCCAUUGAAUAAAAGUGACAAAUAAAGUUUCUUUAUUUAAAACCAAAA